AUGGGCCUUGGCGCUAGGCGGGAGGACACCGACACCAGGGAGUUAUGGGGGGGCCUAGGCGGCCUGGGAGGAUCUAGGCGGCGCCUAGGCGGCCUGGGCGAGUCUGGGCACCAAGGCGGGUCUGGGCGCCAGGGCGGGUCGUGUCCUUUUUUUUUCCCAAAUGAAGACAGACGAAGCUUGCUGGUGUGA